AUGAAUGAAGACAAUCCUCGGAAGAAACGCUUGGGGUGGCUGAAGAAAAGUCAUCCAGAACCUGCCAGUGAUUUGGCUGAGGAGAGAGGCAGGAGGGCACCCAAUGAUCCAUCUUCUCUCUUGCCUUCGAGUUAUGGAUUUCACGGACGAUUGUCGGGGUUAUUGAACAAGGCGACCCAGCCAUUUGCUCGAAACGCUCGACAGUCUCUCAAUCCUGAAACCGCCGCUGCAAAUUCCGGCACACAGGAUAUCCCACGGUUCCCACCCAGUCAGAUAACCCAGGAUCCUUCACUACUCAGCGCUCCCACUCUCGAACCGAAUGAUAAGCAGUCUUCCAAUUCAGGUAUCGCAAAGGCCGAAUCCCCGCCUGACAUGAAUCUUGUGACGGAAACACUUGCGCAGGCCCAAACAGGUGUUACAAGCAUCGGCCAUGCUCCAACAUUUGUCCAAAAUACUUCGUCUGCAGCCGGCAACUUACAAUCCGUUUUCAAUGUGAUUGACACGUUCUCCACGAUUCUCGGACCAUUGAAGGUGUUCAACUCCAUUGCCACCGGGCUUGCAGACGUGCAUCCAUAUGCAAAAGUGGCCUUGAGUAUGUUCACCUACGCGUCCAAGAAUGUCUGGUGGAAGAUGAUUCUCGAUCAAGCAAACCGCGACAAUGCUGUUCAUGAUCUCCUCACGAAGAUCUCGGACGUUUAUACUUUCAUCACGGAAGAGGAGGAGUUGGCCAAGAUGCAGUCCAUGCUAGCGGUAUAUGUGAAGAUAGCCCAGCAGACACUGGAGUGUGCUGAUUUCAUCACCCACUACUCUGAGACAAAGAGCGCCUGUGAGUCGAACUGUUUCGUCUCCUGA